AAAACCAAAUAAAUAAAUAAAUAAAAAGAAGACUCGGAAAGUUCAGAGCCAAAUAGAACACACCUGCAUCGAUCGAGUUUUGGUACGUCGAUUCUCAAUUCGAACCUUUGGGUUUUCGAUUGUCAUCGAAAUCUCAAAUGGGUAUCGAUUGAUUUUCGUUAUAAUCGCUUCGAUUCUUUGAAUUUUGUGCGAUUGCUUUCGAUUGUCUCUCGGUGGAAAUUAGGGUUUUUGGGAUUGGGAUUUUAGGGUUUGAGGAAUCUAUGAUUUUUUCAUCUGGGUUUUUGAUUGAAAGUUGAAGAUUUUGAUGCAAUUAGUACCAUUUUUGGUUCAUUUGAUGGUAUUUUCUUGAGUGAAAUUGGGGGAAAUUUUGGAUUUGAAGAUAAUGGUCAACCAAGAUCAUGUUCGGAUCGAUACCUUAGAGCUAAAAUCUCUUAUUGUAAGAAAAAUUGGGCAUCAAAGAGCUGAAAAAUACUUUGAUCAGCUCAGAAAGUUGUUUGGUUUGAAGAUCGGAAAGUCCGAAUUCGAUAAAUCUUGCGUUAAGAUCAUCGGUAGGGAAAGUAUUCCGCUUCACAACAGGCUUAUUCGAUCCAUUAUCAAGAAUGCUUGUGUAUCUAAACUUCCGCCUUCAAAAACAAUACGGAAAGUAGGAAGUAACCUUCAAGUCGGAAAUGGUUAUCAACGGAAUUGUCUUCAAUCGCUUUACGGGGACGCAUUUCCUCCUUCCCCUCGUAAAGGUCGGUCCCCUGUUAGUCGGGAUCGUAAGUUUCGAGACCGUCCUAGUCCACUAGGUCCAUUGGGAAAGACACAAAGUAUUGUACCUGAAGAGUCCAUUUCCAAGGCACAAGACCAGAGUGCAACCGAGUUACUUUCACUUGGGAGCAGGCCUCCACCUGAUGUUGCAUCCGUAGAAGACGGGGAAGAGGUCGAGCAGGUGGCUGGAAGCCCCGGUGUGCAAAGUAGAAGCCCCGUAACAGCUCCACUUGGCAUCUCCAUAAAUUUCAGCGGAGCUCGUAAAUCUCUUCCGAGUUACCGCCCUGAGACUUGUCAAACGAAAGGCGAGCUACCAGAUACGAGAUCGUUAAUAAAUCGUUUACAAAAGAAGUUGGAAACCGAGGGAAUUAACGUCCCGGUGGAUUGUGUUAACCUAUUGAAUAAUGGCUUGGAUGCAUACUUGAAAAGAUUGAUCGAACCCUCUGUAAGACUAGCCGGCCUAAGGUCUCGAAGUCGAAAUUGCUCGCAACGAGCAGGAGAAAGAUCGUUUUAUGUAUCAACGAUGGAUUUUCGUGCUGCAAUGGAACUAAAUCCGCGGGUACUCGGAGAAGAUUGGCCUAUGCAACUUGAGAAAAUUAGCCUUAGUUCUUUGGAAGAUUGAGGGAGAAAAAAGAAACACUUGGUUAAAACAUUCACCAACAAUAUAGUAGCAUAGAAAAUUAUCAUUUAUGACUUUCAUAUUUACAAUGAAAUAUAUAGAAUAUGAUUUAGUUUGUUUUU